CCAUUUCCUACCAAUCGAUUGCUCUCUGUGGUCUGGCCUUUUCCGUUGGCCCUUAGAUAGCUUGUGCCUGUAGCGUCGGCCCAUCCUGGUUAUCCCCUGUCAACACCUGGCCUUCCCCUCUUGUUUCUCAUUUUUGGUCUUGUCGCUCGCGUGUUCAACCCAACUUCAACACGCACCGAUUUCCCGUCCUUACCCCAACUCAUUUACCCUGUUUGUGUCUACUGCUACUGCUUAACUCCCUUGCCAUCCCUCGAUCCCCGCAUCAGCCCAUACUGUAAUUUCUGGUACCCGAGUUUGGUGGCUGAUAGCUGGCGAGCAAUAUCCAUCACUGCAUUUUUUAUCCGUUCGACACUUCCCAACGCCAACUGCCACUUGCUCUCUCACACCCAGACAUACGCACUCACAUACCUGUCCGUGCUAUUUUUUACCUCCUGCGAUUCGUAUCAUCAUGCUCGGCCCACGUCUAUUACGAAUUCAGACCAGCUCCUGCACCUGCCCCUCGACGUUCCAACUGCGGCCCCUAUCCACAACAAGCGCCCUAUGCCGAGCUCCUUCGCUCAGAGAUAUCACCCCAGACAACGCAACUAGUUUCAACGCUAGGCAGAAGGAGUUCCGGGAGAACCUGGAAGCUGCUCGGAAGAAAAAAGAACAAGCAGAGAGUCAGUCGGGUCAUGCUUCUCUCGUUUCUCCUGCUCCAUUUUCCUUUACUUCUAGGCACUCUUCGGGCUCUGCGCGUCCCACUGCUCCACUUGUGAGCAAUGCGAGCGAAAAGCCCGGUUCUGCCGCUGCCGCUGCUCCUGGUGUUCCUGAUGCCGCGGACACUUUAGACACGCAAGGUUUGGGCUCACUUUCCACCCACCGCAUUGUAGGAGAACACCGUCAAUCCGAUGCUAGCCACGCUCCAAAACGUGGUGCCUUGUCCAGCUUGAUCUAUGGCACAAAGGAAGGCCAGCAGCUGGACAAAGAUAUCGAGCGCUCUUUCUCGGAAGUGCUGGCGCGGGGGAAAUACGUCCAUUCGAUCGUUUUUCACGAAGUUAAGCCGGAUAAGGUGGAUGAGUACGUCGAUUUGGUUGGGCAGUGGUAUCCGCGGAUGGCCCAGAUUGAGAACAACAAGGUCAAUCUGGUAGGGAGUUGGAGGACGCAGGUUGGAGAUAAUGAUACAUUUAUCCACAUAUGGGAAUACCAACGGUACUCAGGUUACCACGCCUCCCUCCACGCCAUCUCGCAACACCCAGACUUCCGCGGCUUCGACCGCAGUCUCAAAUCCCUCAUCAAUAACAAACGCACCUCCCUCAUGCAAGAAUUCUCCUUCUGGCCAACCACGCCCCCGCGCAAACUCGGCGGUCUCUUCGAACUCCGCUCCUACACUCUACACCCGGGCAACCUGCUCGAAUGGGAAACACACUGGCGACGAGGCCUGCACGCACGACGCGAAGUCAUGGAAGGUGUCGGUGCGUGGUUCGUGCAGAUUGGCGAGCUGAAUACUGUGCACCACCUGUGGCAGUUUGCAAAUUUGGAGGAGCGGAAAAUCCGACGCGAAAAGUCAUGGUCGAUUGAAGGGUGGGCAGAUACGGUGCAUAAGACCGUGCCGUUGAUACAGUCUAUGCAGAGUCGGAUUUUGGUUCCUAUGCCGUGGAGCCCUGUGGGUUAAAAUUUUGUCUGAUAUGGUUUUUUUUUUCUUUUUCACCCCCAUGAAAGGGAUGAGAUUGUGCGGGGAGGGGAUGGGCUCCAUCAUCCGUCGCGGAUUAUAUUAUCUAUAUUUAUACAUCGGAAACACAAGAUCGAAAAG